AUACUAGAAAUGGCGAGAAAGAAAGUGAAGCUAGAGUAUAUAGAAAAUGACUCUUCUAGGAGAGUGACAUACAAGAAAAGAGUGAAAGGGAUAGUAAAAAAGACUCAAGAACUAAGUGUCUUGUGCGGUGUAGAUGCUUGUACAAUCAUCUAUGGGCCUUAUGACCAAGCUCCAGUGGUGUGGCCUUCUUCAGAGGUAGAGGCAAAGAGAAUCAUCUCCAACUUCAAGAGAAAGCCAGAGGUUGAUCAAUCUCAGAGGCGAUUCAAUCAGGAGACUUUUCUCAAGCAAAGUGUAAUCAAGGCAGAGGAAAGGUUGUUGAAGCUUCAAAGAAAGAAUCGUGAGAUUGAAAUGGAGAAUGUGAUAAGUGACAUUUUGCUUGGGAAACCGAUACAACAAGUUGCACUUGAAGUUUUUGAUGACCUAAUUUGGGUGAUCGAUGAUAAGUUAAGGACUAUCCAACAUCGUAUUAGAGUAACUGGUGGAGGUGAUAAUAAUAAUAACAAUAACAAUAACAAUAAUAAUAAUAAUCCACCUCCUAAUGUGAAUGUUCCUUCUCAUGAUGUCGGUACUUCCCGUGCUUCCCCUAACCAAGGUGAUGAUUGUGAGAUGAUGGAAGGGAUUAAUGAUGUCAUGGAUCAUACUCCAACUAGACAAAUGCAAGCCGGUCUAUCCCAAAAUCUAUAUGGAUGA